GUCCUUUCAUCUCUGUUUUGCACUUGGUCUUUCUCUGGGCCUCAGUUUUCCUGUAACCAACCUCUUAGAGCCAAUCAAGGAGUAAAGAAGAGAAGAAACGCCCGCCCGCUCUCAAUUUUCUUCCUUCCACUGCCUACUAACCACAAAGCCGACUGCGCCAGGGCCGCUGUCAUCUUUCACCUAGCUCAGCUGAUCGGUUGCCGCCGCCGCCGCCGCCAGAUUCCAGAAGCAAAGAACCACAAGCUGGUAAGAUAGACAUGGACGUGAAUAUCGCUCCGCUCCGCGCCUGGGACGAUUUCUUCCCAGGCUCUGAUCGCUUCGCCCGGCCAGACUUUAGGGACAUUUCCAAAUGGAACAACCGCGUGGUGAGCAACCUGCUCUAUUAUCAGACCAACUAUCUGGUGGUGGCUGCCAUGAUGAUUUCCGUCGUGGGGUUCCUGAGCCCCUUCAACAUGAUCCUUGGAGGCAUUGUGGUGGUACUGGUAUUCACGGGCUUUGUGUGGGCAGCCCACAAUAAAGACAUUCUCCGCCGGCUGAAGAAGCAGUACCCUACGGUGUUUGUCAUGGUGGUCAUGCUGGCCAGCUACUUCCUCAUAUCCAUGUUUGGGGGAGUCAUGGUCUUUGUGUUCGGCAUCACUUUCCCUUUGCUGCUGAUGUUUAUCCACGCGUCGCUGAGACUCCGGAACCUCAAGAACAAACUGGAGAAUAAAAUGGAGGGAAUCGGUCUGAAGAGGACACCCAUGGGCAUUGUCCUGGAUGCCCUAGAACAGCAGGAAGAAAACAUCAGCAAGUUUGCUGACUAUAUCAGUAAAGUCAAUGAGUAAAUGGAGCUGACCUGGCGAUAGGGUUGCUGCAGAAAUCGAUGUGCAGUGUGCCCUUGUCCAGACCUAUUUUCCGUUUGUGUUUCUGACGUAGGAGGUUCCCGCACCAUCCAACCAUCCGUGGCAGCGUGCACGUAGUGGCCAUGCUGUUCACAUCUCUGCUUUUACAGAGAGCAGGCCUCAGAGACUGAAAAAAACACCCUCCUAUUGUGUCUGAAGUUUCAGGUGUGUUUAUGGAAGCUGAUAGGAAAUGGAGCACACCUAUUUUUUUAAGGGGAAUACAAAUAAAAGAAUCAUGGAUUGUAUAGCAACAAUACAGUGAUCUUGUGGGAAAAAAUUCAAUUGUAAAAUAUCGAGGCAGUAUGAGUAAAUGAAAAGACUGUUAAAGUAGAUGAUGUCAUGCACUAGCCUGUUUUAAUCUGCCCCCCCAUCCUCCUCCUCCAAAAAAUUCCCUUGUUAGAAUUAUGUGUAGGGUAUAUAUUAGUUUUGUUUUUAUUAUUAUGCUUUUAAAAUCAAAGAUGAUCUCCAUCACUUUGCCUCCUGUUUGAUGUGCAGUGGAAGUUGGAUAAAUCAGUUUCUAGUUUGUUUACAAAGCUAGCUGUUUGUGAGAAUAUUUUGUCAACUUUUUGUCCGUUUUUGAAAGGCUAGUAAUGUGUUUGCACUAGCAGGCAUUUGUUGCAAACUAAAUGCCAUCUUCUUUAAGGAGGUUACAGUUCUGUAACCUGUAUUAUUCUCAAUGGUCUUGUUUAAAAAAAAAAAAAGAAAAAAUCAAAAUAAAACUUGAGUUCUGUUUCUGUUGCAGUUUUUCUUGUUCUAAGGAAAAAAAGAUGUCCACGGUAAAUGUUUCCCUUUUUUCUUUAUUGUUUAGUUUUUAACUGGAACAUUGAGAAAGAAGGAAACAAACGUGCAUUUUACUCAUUCCUUAGGGCAGAAAGAGGACAUGAAGAGCUGAUCUUUUGAAAUCUGAAAAGCAUCUUUAGAUGACUGAGCAAAAAGUCUUUUUAAAAAAUGGAAACGAGGAGUUCCUGUCGUGGCACAGUGGUUAACGCCGACUAGGAACCAUGAGGUUGCGGGUUCAGUCCCUGCCCUUGCUCAGUGGGUUAAGGAUCCGGCGUUGCCAUGAGCUGUGGUGUAGGUCGCAGACGCGGCUCAGAUCCUGCAUUGCUGUGGCUCUGGCGUAGGCCGGCAGCUAUAGCUUUGAUUAGACCCCUAGCCUGGGAACCUCCAUAUGCCACGGGAGUGGCCCAAGAAAUAGCAAAAAGACCAAAAAAAAAAAAAAAAAAAGGAACGAAAAUGAGAGUGAUGAGCAACUUCUGCAGUUCAUAAAAAUUUUAGAUAAUUCUUGGUAUCUAUAAAAGCCAAGUUUUUUUUUAAAUAAAGCCAUUAGAAUUAAGAUAGCAUGAGUUUUUUUUCCUUUACUUUCUUGUACUUACCAUGUAUUUAGCAAUAGGUGAUACAAAAUGUUUUGCUUGCCAGCUAAGUGAUUUCAUAGAUGAACAGAAAAUAUUUAGGUUUCCCUUCAUUGAAUUAUGAAGACAGUUGGAGCAGUAGUAAUUGAAGAGACUCUGUACCUCCUAGAAUAAGUAGCAAUGCAUAUGCCACUCCUGAUUUUUCUUGCAUUUUAAUUCCACAGCCAAACUGCAGCCUUUGUCACUAGCACAGUGACAUAACCAUGACUUCAUACACAUGGUCUAGAACUUGUACUCUUAGCAAGCUAUCAAGAAUAAAAUUUAUCAAAGGUU